GCUGAUUGUCAUGUUGACUUAUCUUUCAGGAAUCCAUCACUGAUGGAAGAAAUAACAAGUGGCAACAAAGUGAGAGCAAUGAGAUUAGAUGACUGCUUAACUGAUUACAUCGUAUCAGAAUUAGUGCCUAUUUAUUUUUAACUUUGAUGUGGGUGUGAUGGUAUUAUUGGAUAAAAAGACUUAUAUAUACCAUUUAAGUUUAAAUUACUUGAUUACAUUUUUAAAAAGUACAAGGCUGUGGUUUAUUCUCAAUAAAUAAAAAUCCUGGUUAAUCAAACAGUUGAUAAAUAACUCAGUUAUGACAUAGUGCACAUAUAAAGUUUUGCGUUGAAAUCAACUGUGAAACAUUUUUCAGAAUCACAUUUUUAACUGUUGACCUGCUUUCUGUUUAGUUAACAUCAGGAGGAAACAUCCCCUUAUUGUCAGACAACCUUCAGUUCCCUCCACACUGCAUGCCACUGUUACUAAAAAUGUAACUAUUGUUUCCUCCUUGCACAAAGAGGUGUGCCAUGUUUAAAAGAUCUAAUCACACAGCAAGGUGGAUUCCAUGCACAAAUACUGAUGAUAUUUGGAGAAUAGUUGAAUUUUUUUAGAACAUGGCUUCUUUAACUGAGUUUUAAUGCAUAAAGCCUUAAAGUUUUGAUUUUUACAUCAUGUAUAUCUAUUUAUUAAUAGAAUAUUAUUACAAAAUCCCAUAAAGAAGGACUAAAAUGAAUCAUGGUCAAAGAAAAGCCUUUCUCCCAACAUUAUGCUCAAUACACUUCCCUGUGAUUGUGUGUGUCUUGUGAAUGUUUUCACACCUGGGGGAAAUUUUGAAAGGUUUUUGUUUUUUUAAUGUCUGUGAGCUUUGCAGUGAGACCAGUCUGACUUGUCUGUCUGUCCUUCUACUGGCUCUGAUGGGAGCACCUCCCUCAUCUGUACAUGGACCUCAGGUCAUUGAGCUAAAGGCACACCUCCUUUAUACCUCCUGAUGUCCCCAGAAAACAGCAUUUGCUCACAAACCUCUCAGAGCUCAUGAGCCCUCUGGUUUGAGGAGUACAUUAUAUUCUCUUAUUAUAUUCUCUUACAUCUCUCUUCAAAAAGAAAGCCAUCAAAAUGCCAGCCAGCCUCAGUGGCACAUGGGACAUCAUAAGCAGUGUCAACCUUGAGGGCUAUAUGAAGGUUUUUGGUAUCAGUCCUUCCCUGCGAAAGAUUGCUCUAAAACUAAAGCUGGGGAAGGUGAUCGAGCACCAGGGGGACCAGUUUAUCAUUAAAACUACCAGCAUCUUACGCAACUACACCGUGUCCUUCAGAGUGGGUCAGGAGUUUGAGGAGUUUACCGGGGGGCUUGACAAUAGACAUGUCAAGUCACUGGUGAAAUGGGAGGGGAACAAACUUGUGUGUGAACAGAUUGGAGAGAAAAAGAACCGAGGCUGGGCGCACUGGAUAGAAGACGACAAGCUACAUCUGGAGCUGUAUUGUGAGGGGGAAGUCUGCAAGCAGGUUUUUAAGAAGAACGUGAAUGAGUAAAGGACUACAGAAGUUUAGAAGUUACUCAUUGGAUAAUUUAACCCAUACUCUGAAUUAGAAAACCACACUACAAGAGAAGUUAGUGGUAUUUUCUCUAUUUUGUCUUCAAAUGUCUGUCCUCUCAGGGUUUGGAUUCACACCACUAGAUGGCAUCAGUGCAUUACUUUUGUCAGACACUGGUCUACACUGGUCUGUAGGUCAGGGGUACUCCGCACCAGACAAUAUAAAAUGGAAUAUUAAGCACCUUUCUGCUGAACGCCUGGUUCCUUCAAAUUUCUGUUUGAUAGGGCUCAUCUGAAAUACUUAAUUUCAUAUAGACUGGCUUGGGCUGUCCAUUUGAGAUUUUGCUGAGUUUUUGAAAAAAAAAAAAAAAAAAA